UGAUUAUUUGUCGAAUCCGUUCUCAAUAGGGCGCUGCAGUGAAACCAAAACAACGCGUUUUUCCUUUUGGAUUUGCCUGUGAAAUAUACUGUCUGAGCUCCAAUUAUGGAUUAUGUGUUUGUGCCAGGAGAUGGCGGAGAGCAGCCUGAUGAUAUUAUCGCCAUGCAGAUGUUUGACAAUUCCAAUCGCGGCCCAGAAUACACCACGAGCUUCCAGCCCUACGCCGUGGAUCAGAGCGAUCAGGAGUACAUGCCGGUGGGCUUUGUGCUGGCCGACGGAGGAGAUCGCUUUGGCGUCUCCACAGUGUGCUUCGACACGCACGAGGAGCUCCUAUGGAUGGGGAAUCAGGGUGGACACGUGACGUCCUACUACGCGGGCAGCAUGCAGAAGUACACAUCAUUCCAGGUGCACGCCACGGACAUUGUGCGACAGAUUCAGCCCAUCGAGGAGGGCAUUCUGGUGUUGACUAGCACCUGCUUGAGACACCAGAUCCGUCGUGGCAUUCCCAAGUACACACACACCUCCAAGAGCACCGUGGACAUGCUGUGCAUGGUGCAGAUGAACAGCAACAGAUUGAUUUUGGGUGGGAAUCAGGAGAAGCUGAUUGACUACAAUCCGGAGACACGCAGUGAGACACUCUUGGCGGACGCCGGAGACAAUGGAUGUGUCGUAUUGAGACUCCACAAUCGCUAUCUGUGUGCUGGCAAUGCCUUUGGUCAGAUAACACUGCGAGAUCCCUCAACACUGGCCGUUGAGCACACAAUCAAGCCACAUUCCGGCAGCUUGUCGGAUUUCGACGUGGAGGGCAAUUAUCUGAUCUCGUGUGGCUUCAGUGAGCGUCAGCAGGGCACUCUCACUGUGGAUCGCUUCCUCAUGGUGUACGAUCUGCGGAUGUUGCGCCUCGUGUCGCCCAUUCAAGUGCUGAUUGAGCCUCAGCUGCUGCGCUUCCUGCCCUCCCAAUGCUCCCGCCUGGCCGUGGUGUCUGCCCUGGGGCAGAUGCAGCUGGUUGACACGGUGGAGCUGAGUGAGCCACGCGUGUGCAUGUAUCAGGUGAACACCAGUGGCAGUCAGUGUCUCAGCUUCGACAUCAGUUCCUCCUGCCAAGCACUGGCUUUCGGCGAUCAGAGUGGUCACAUCAAUCUCAUCAGCUCAGUGAAUGUGUCAGAACCACAAUUCAACGCCUUCUCACGCGCCACGGAGUUCGCCGAUCCCAUUGAGCCACUGCCAAUUGUCCCCAUCACAGACGAGAACUUCCCACUGUCCUCAAUCCCACUGCCCGAGCUGACCACCGGCGAUUCCUGGCUGAGCGACUGGCCGCCGCAGCUCAUGGAGUAUCGCUACAGGCGCCCGAAGCCCAUCGAUCCCGAGAUCCUGGCCAGCAUGAAGAUGCAGGGUCCCAUCGGCUACGCCCUGAAUCCGCGCCACACGCGACGCAAUCAGAUUCCCUACUACAUGGAGGCUAGCGCCACCAGCAACCAAGUGGCGACGACCGUGACCAGCAAACCGGACACCGGACUCAAGAUCAUCCCCAAGAGGUAUCGCAAGGUCGAGGUGAAGUACUCAAAGUUGGGCACUCAGGAUUUCGACUUUGACCAGUACAACCAGACGGAGUUCGCCGGCCUGGAGGCCAAUCUGCCCAACGCCUACUGCAACGCCAUGCUGCAAGUGCUGCACUUCGUCAGGCCCCUCCGUGGCGCCCUGAUGGCACACUCGUGCGCCAAGGAGUUCUGCCUGGCGUGCGAGUUGGGCUUCCUCUUUCACAUGCUGGCGACGUCCAAUGGGGCGCCGUGUCAGGCCAGCAACUUCCUGAGGUCCUUCCGCACGGUGCCCGAGGCCUCGGCACUCGGUCUGAUCCUGUCGGACAGAACGAGUGGCAAGGCGAAUCUUGUGGGUUUGAUUCAGAGUUGGAAUCGCUUCAUCCUUCACCAGAUCCACUACGAACUCCUGGAGACGGCCAAGAAGUCCCUGUCGCACACCUUUGGUGAGUGUUCCGUGACAUCGUCGCCGAAGAAGAUGUCCUCGUACGAGGAGAACUUCCCCAAGCUGCAGGAGAGCUCGACGACGGUGUGCGAGGAGAAGUUUCAGUUGAUUGAGGCGAAGGAGGAGGAAGUGUCUGCCGGCGCCACACCACAGCGGCCCAGGGAGGAUGAGGAGACGGAGAUCAGCAGUCUCUUCGGCACCAGGCAGACGUGCACUUCACGCUGUCUCAAGUGCAGCGAUGAGCGAUCGAAGGUGAACAUUCUGCUGGUGUGUAGUCUGCUCUACGCCAAUCCUGGGCAUGAGGACAGUAAUGUCACAUUCGCCCGGCUGCUGAGGAACUCAUUGAGUGGCGAGAAGACCAUUCCCGUGUGGUGUGAGCGAUGCAAGAAGUUCACGCCGACCAAUCAGUAUGUGCGAGUUGUGAAGCUGCCCAAGAUUCUGGCCAUCAACUGUGGCCUGGACAAUGACAAGGAUCUGCAGUUGCUGAAGCGCAUAACGACAAAGGUGGCGUCGUCGGGCGUGAGUGCGGAGAAUGUCACGGUGACCAGCAUGAAGCCGUGCAGAUAUGGCGUGAAUUGCUCACGCAUUGACUGCCAUUUCUCCCAUCCGGACAGAAAGUCACCCACAUCGCAAGCCACGCCGACGCCGUCCAGCAGGAGCAACACGUGGUUUCCGCUCCACUUCACACUGCAGAUUGACGGGGAGAAGAGUCUGACCAUUGAGGAGGAUGUGGGGGUGAGGAAGUCAUCUCCUGAGGUGGAUGGGCAGCGGAUGAUGUACGAUUUGACGGCGGUGGUGUGCCAGAUUGACGAUGGCACGUGCAAGAAUCUCGUGUCGAUUGUCAAAGUGCCGCCAUCGAGUGGGGGGGAGGAGAAUGAUGGCGGCUGGUUUGUGUUCAAUGACUUCAGCAUCACGCCAGUGCCGGUGCAGGAGGCGGUGUGGUUCACGCUGGACUGGAAAGUGCCGUGCGUGCUAUUCUACAGCACGCACGAGGCACAACAGGUGGACGAGAGUGCUGCCAUCCAGCGCAUCACCCCAGAACUCAAUCCCUUCAGCACAGAUCUCUAUGCGCGUCAACUCAUGCUGGAACCAUGCGACUUUCGGCCACUCACGCACGCUGAGAUGCCUUCGCGUGGCGAUCUGGUGGCGAUGGACGCGGAGUUUGUGACGCUAAAUCCGGAGGAGAAUGAAAUGCGUCCGGACGGGAAGAUGGCGACAAUUAAGCCGAGUCACAUGAGUGUGGCGCGAAUCACGUGCAUUCGCGGUCAAGGUGAACUCGAGGGUGUGCCGUUCAUCGAUGACUACAUCUCGACGCAGGAACAAGUGGUGGAUUAUCUCACGAAAUUCUCCGGCAUCAAACCGGGCGAUCUGGACGCCAAUUUCAGCAAUAAGAAUCUCACGACGCUCAAGAGUUCGUAUCAGAAGUUGCGCUUCUUGACCGACAGCGGCGUGAUCUUCGUGGGUCACGGCUUGAGGAAUGAUUUCAGGGUAAUCAACAUGAUCGUCCCGCCGGAGCAGGUCAUCGACACUGUGCACCUCUUCCACCUGCCGCACCAGCGCAUGGUGUCGCUGCGCUUCCUCGCCUGGCACUUCCUGGGCAGCAAGAUCCAGUCCGAGACGCAUGACUCCAUCGAGGACGCGCGCGCGGCGCUUCAGCUGUACAAGGAGUACGAGAAGCUAAAGAAGGAGGAGAAACUGGCGUCCGCCAUCAAGUUGCUGUACGAGAUGGGCAAGCAGUUGUCGUGGAAAGUGCCCGAAUAGCCAGAGAGAAAAAGUGUGCAAAAACAAGAGAAAUGGUGGGAAAUAAAGGGAGAGAAAAAAGAAUGUAAAAUAGUAA